AUGGACUUCAGGACCAUUAAUGGUCCCGUGAUCCUGGCACUUAGGGUAUCGGGGACCUUCUUCAUCACCGUCAAACGCGACAGCUACGUCUUCUCCUGGUUCUCCGUCGAGACGAUUUACGCGAUCCUCUUUCACUUGGCGACUGACGUCGUCGCCGCCGUUUCGAUCACGCCGAAGAUAAGGGAACUUGUGGAGUCCGGAUUCGACCUUGGGCUCGACAGCUUCUUCACUCUCGCCCUUACUUGGCCGAACUUUGUGCUGCCGAUAAUCGGCUUAUUCUCCAGCAAACCCGUAUCGAGGUACCUGAACGAGUGGAAGGUCAUCGAACAGGAGUUUCUCGCCUUGGCCGGAAAGUCGCUGGUUUUUCCCGAACUGAAAACUGCCAGCCGUCUGCUGCCGAUUGUGACAUUGUUCGUGCUGAUCCCCGUCACUGUGAUAGUCAUAAGCAUUGGCCGUCAUUCGGUCAUCCAGGCAAUCACAAAUGCAAAACCCAUACUGACGUUCAACUGUGUCGCAACGAUGUGGCAAAUCCAAGCGGAACUUUUCACCCUGACGUACCAAAAUUACUGCAAAAAUCUAGCUAAGACGCUGCACUCGACUGGGGGUACCAACCCCUCCGUUAUUAUGCGGUACAGGCUCCUUUACCUGAGGAUCACUUCGUUGGCGUUGAGCCUGAACAGAUCUAUGAAUUUGAUGACCACAAUUGCCUACGUCAUCCUCUACAUUGACACAAUCAUCGGAGCGUACUCGGCUAUUGUGGGGCUCUCGAGCAAGGAAUUGACCGCAUCUCUACUUUACCAACUUUUUUUCCCACUGAUCUACUGUUUGGUUAUAAAUCAGAUCUACUGUGAGGCAGGAAGGAGGAUCACCCUGGCCGGAGGUGAAGAGGUCGCUGCAAAGAUAAGCGGCAUGAGGUUACGGUUCUCCUCGGCUUCACGAACCGAGUUCUUUCGCCUCAUGGACACUGUUUACCUUCUUUCACCAGAGCUCAGACUAGCUGGGUGCGUCAAGUUGGGCAGAGGUCUCACAACCGUCAGUUUAAAAAUUAUGUUCAGCUAUUUGGUUGUCCUGUUUCAAUUUAGAGGCAGUCUUGAAUAGGAUGAAAUCGCUAUUGCGUUCCAGCGGUGUUGUAAU